AUGGACGACUAUCUGGACAGUCCUAUGGACGCUGAUGAUAUUUUCCCCUGCAAGGGCUGCGGAGAGAUUCUCGAAGAAGGCAAAGCGUUUGAGCUGGCCGGCAAUCGAUGGCAUCUCAACUGCUUCCGCUGCAACACCUGCGGCACCCUCCUCGACUCCGACGCGAACCUCCUUCUUCUCGGCGAUGGCUCGCUUAUCUGCAACAACUGCACGUACAGUUGCAGUGCUUGCGGUAACAAGAUCGAAGAUCUGGCCAUCUUGACAGGUGACCAGGCAUUUUGCGCAACUUGCUUUCGUUGUAGGAACUGCAAAAGGAAGAUUGAGAACCUGCGCUAUGCUAGGACCUCUCAGGGCAUAUUCUGUAUGAGUUGCCACGAAUCCCUAAUGGCAAGACGGAGGAAAAAAUCAAAAGCCGCAGCGCAAGCGAAAGCCAGGGAGAAAGAUACAUCGCCGAUGAUAACAGACAAAUCCCUCCCGGCUCUACCCCCGAACGCCAUACCUCCAAAUGCGUUUGGCAUGGAGAAGGAGGUACCGGAGUCCGAAACGCCGACCGAGCUGUCGCCGCGGCCUAGACCGGCUUAUUCACGCAAUGAAUCCGACCCCCGGGCUAGCUUACGUCCUGAAAGAUCACCGGAACGAGGAGCCGAUCAGCAAGGCAAGGAAGGCAGCCUUGACCCUCCGAAGAAUUAUAGGAAUAACAGGAAUUCUUCGAUUAUGAUUCCGUCUGGCGACAUGAACUUUGGCGAGGCUGAUGGCUCUUUUAUCCAUGUCGCUCUGGGGUUGGAUACGGGGCCAGCGCCGUCGUCAACCCCUCGAUCUUCUGAUAACAUGUCAGACAAACGCAGCAGGGAUUACUUCAACAACCAAAGAGAUUCUGUUGACAAGCGGAGCGACUCGCAAAUGUCUACACCUCACAUCGCUCUUCAAGAGGCUCGGCGAAACACAUCUGAUUUGGAAAAUGCACCUCCGGCCAAGGAGCCGAGUCGGAAGCUGUCCAAGUCGUCAAGAGCAGGCAGGGACAGUCUUAAAACUUCAACCAUCCAAACCGAUGAUCACUCAAGGAAGCUUGCCAGUGGUCGCGGCGAUGAAUUCAAACUUCAGGAGGCCCCUAAAAGCAAGAAGCUCGUCAAUUCUCGGAAUAACACACAGCCCGGCAAGCCCUCUGAGAGCGGGGCCGGGUCAAGGGCCAGUAACGGACUUCUUUUGCAGCAGAAAAACAGGGAGAGCCCACAACCGAUAGAAUCGCCUCAAUCGCUUAGUGCCAACGACAAGUCUAGCACGUCGCGAAGCUCGCCGGAAUCACGAAUUAGGGAUGAAGACGAUGUCAGACAAUCUAUGGAUUCCGCAGCAUCCGGCCGGACAGAGACCAGCGGCUCGCGUCCAGGCCGAGAUGUUCCACCACCAAGACCGCCCCGAAACUUGAAUGGCAAGCUGGACCUCGUUCCACCGCCACGUCCCUCGAUGCCGGAACCCAGACUCACGGACACAUAUAUGCAACCUCGAGCACCCCCUCAACCUCCAACACAGGCCAACAAAGAUGCAGCUGUUGCGACGGCGGCCGGUGGGGCUGCUCAAGGCGAGAAUUCUCCAAAACUACCAAGAUGGAGCGCUGGUGGAGACUUUAGUAUGGAUGAAGACAUGGCCAGAAUCCUAGGCACUGAUGAAGGCUCGUCGUCAAUACUGAGGCGUGUUUCAAACGCCGUCAGGCAUGGCCGGACAAACAGCGUCGAAUCCAGUGGUCAUACAGUAGGGCGUGGUGGUCACGGUAGGAGCAUGAGCGAGACAACUCGAGGCACCUCCUCUCCAUUGGUUCCCAAGACACCUAUAGCAGAAACCCCUCUUGACAGCCAGGCCCAGGAUAUCAGCAGUCCAAUCUCAGUAGGAGGCGGCCCGCAGGAUGACCCGGCUUUCCUCAAGCGGCAACUCCGCAACUCAGAGCAGAGGGUUGCCGAGUUAGAGCGGCAGUUCAACAAUGAGGCUGAUUUGCAGACCCUCAAUAAGAAGCUCAUUGAGAAGAGGAAGACAGUCACUGUUCUUGACACGCAAGCCGAAAUUAUGGUUCGGGAGCUUGAGGUACUGGCAACAGUGGUCGAGAAAAGCAAGCAAAACAACCAGCCAGUUGAUGUGAGGGACCUUCAAGAGACAGUUGUCAAGGAACUGAGGCAAAAGAUUGAGAAGUACACGCAGUCGAUGACAUCCACUAUCGAGCAGCUGAUAGCGGAGCGCGAUCAAUUAGUAGAGGAGAAAAACAGGGCGAUGGCCGAUAGAGAUCGAGCACUGCUUGAAUUCGAGCAGUUGUCCUCGAAGAAUGCGCAACUGGCAGAUAUGAACAACGACCUUACCCACCAGAUUCAGGAGCGUUUUAGGUCUCAAGCCAAUAACGAGAUCAAGUCACCAAACGGCCUCGGCAUCUACCAGGCCCAAAAGCUUACUGCGCCAGGCGGAGGAUCAAACUUUGACUCAGCAAGCAUCCAGACAGGUGCUACCUUGGUCACCACCGACGUAGACGAGCCUAUUCUUGAGGGUCCGACGGUGGUCAACAUCCGCAAAGGGCAGGUCAAGAAGUUCAACUGGAAGAAGGGCAAGACAGUUGCUCAGAAUUUCACCAAAGGCAUGAACCGUGCAGUCGGUGCAUUCCAGCAAGAAAAGGAACGUGGAGGAGGACAGUAUGGUGGUCUUGCGGGUGACAAUAUUGGACUGCCGUACAACAUGACUGUGGCUCAGGUCGAAUCACCGGCCUCUCUAGGCCCCAACGGAUCUCUGAACCGGAUGCCGAGCGACAACAAUAAUUCUCGCCAAGGCUUUGGCUUUUUCGGCAAGAAGCAACAGCAACAGCAGCAGCAGCAUUCUUUGCCCAAGUCGAUGUCUGCGGCGAACAUGUCAACUGCAAGCAUUGCACCAGAGCCACCCAGCGUACUGUUUGGCUCUGAACUAGUUGAGCGAACAGACUAUGAGCGCCGUCUGAUCCCCAGUGUCGUCACGCGCUGCAUAGAGGAGGUGGAGCUACGCGGUAUGGACAUGGAGGGCAUCUACCGGAAGACAGGCGGAAACUCGCAGGUCCGUGCAUUGCAGGAGGGUUUCGACAAGAACGACGAGUUCGAUAUCUCCGACCCCGGACUAGACAUCACGGCCGUUACAAGCGUGCUGAAGCAAUAUUUUCGCAAAUUGCCCACACCUCUACUCACCUACGAUGUCUAUGACAGAGUUCUCGAGUCAAAUUCUAUCACAAACAACAAGGAACGAUGUGAACACCUACGCAUGACGUUCAACAUGCUCCCCACCCAGCAUCGUCAAUGUCUUGAGUUUUUGAUGUUCCACCUUGCCCGGGUUGCGGCAAGAGAAAGUGAAAAUUUGAUGCCUCCAAAGAAUUUGGCCGUGGUCUUCGCACCUACCUUGAUGAGAGACCAUAGCCUCGAGAAGGACAUGAUAGAUAUGCACGCGAAGAACAUUGCUGUGCAGUUCGUUAUCGAGAACAGCCACAUCAUCUUCGAGGAGGCUUAG